UUCAAAACCAAGAAGGCCAGGGUAGGGCGAAGCCUGGCGGAGCGAGACGUGUAUCCCUAAAGAAAGAAAAGAAAAACAACAGCCGUGCAUUGUAGUCUUUUGAGAAGAUAUGAUUUGCGAGGGUUGACUCUUUUGGUGUAUUUCCAAAUGCUAUUCCCAGACAUGUGAACGGUUCAAUAUGUGCAGCAACUGUCAGAUGUGAUGAAAGUCACAGACUGCAAGGGACAACGAUCAUGGUUUUGAGAAAUUGAUCUUUCUGGAAAUAAAGGCCAUCGUAUUUACCACCACUACACAGCUCAGGUUAAUGGAAAACCAGAUCUGCAAAACCUGCAGAUGAGUCACACGGUGCACAUGUAAAUGGGAUACAUCUUCUGUGGAGAGCCCAUGUGGAAAUAACAUCCAAAAACUGUGGAGAACCAGCUUCAAUCAUGUCCCUUUCGACGGUGCUCGCAAAGGCUCUUUUUGACAAUGCCGCUGAAAGUCCUGAGGAGUUGGCAUUCCGCAAAGGUGAUAUCUUGAUGGUUCUGGACCAGGAGCAGGACGGCGGACCAGGGUGGUGGCUUUGCUCUUUACAUGGCCGCCAAGGCAUUGCCCCCGCCAACCGAUUACGCCUUCUCCAAACUGCUCCUACUCCCGCUUUGAGUGCAGGCACAGAUCCCCGAAGGGCUCCUAGUGUGGACUCUGUCCAUUUAUCGUCUAGCCAGCAUUGCAGGGUAAAUGGAUUGAGCGCUGAAGAUUCAGAUGGGGUGUAUCUCUCACCACCCAGCUUAGCUGAAGGAGUGUACCAGAGCCCUGGGGCUGGUCCGUCUCCAAUCAGGUCUGGAGAGCUACGUAACUCUGAUGCAGGAAGACCACGAUCGCAUUCUAGUUCUGGCACCAGGCCUCGUCCGGACUGGGGGGAUGUGGGUGUGGUGGGACGACCCCGCUCGCCCUCACUUAGAGGACGGGGUGGCGAGUCAGGGACCCUCUACCAGACACCCACCUCGCCUGCACCACAACACAAAUCACAAGGUGCACUGGCAUCAGACUCAGUGUACCUGACUCCAAGUGCUGUUCCCAGGUCUGCAACAGAAACAGCAGGGGAAGCAAGAUAUUUAAGCCCACGAGAUGCAGGGGCUGGGCAUUCUGAUGGGUGCUACUUGGUGCCAAGACCAGCUGUCACUGUGCUGACCAAUGAAAAUUUAUAUCAGACUCCUACAAGUGGUUCCACAGUGGCAGGACAAUGCAUACCGGGAAUGACUUCAAGACUUGCGGAUGGGAUCGCACCCAGAAGUAGCUCGACUUCUUCCAUUAGUCCUUCUCAGAGUAAGAGUGGCCAGGAUGCCCCAGGAAUGUACCAAACCCCAACCCCGCCUGGGGGAGCCAUAUCUAGGACCCCUCAAUCUGAGCGAAAACACCCUGCUGGAACUGUAGGUGUGUCUGGUGCCUCAACACCUGGCCAAACUCUUAAGCAAACACCUCCUUCUGCACGAGGAUCCCAGAAGGGUACUAUUUCAACUCCUCCUGCUGGUCGAGGAAAACAGGCCCAGGGUGUCCUCAGAGAUUCCCCUCUACUCGCCAGGAUGGGAAAGUCCGGAGUACCGGGGUCCCCAAACCUUGGCCGCAAACCCCCUCCCCCAGCACCUCCUGUUAGAAGUGUAACCAGGAAGGAUUCACCACAUUCUAACUCAAUUCCACCCACUAAACCUGUUCUUCAGGAUCACCCUGCACCCCCACCCACAAACAUGUUGGAGGCAAAGGGACAAACACAAGCAGAAGAGAUGAAGAAAGACAGUGAAAUGGUGACCAAGAGGGAGAGUGCAAGUUCACAGGAUGAGAAACUCAGCGAGGAGGUAUAUGAUACACCACCCACUAAUAGGUGGCAACAUCCAGUUUCUGCUAUGCCUUCUGAGGAGGAGGAUGGGAUCUAUAACACACCUCGUGCUCUACCCCUACACACUGACCAGGCCUCUGAGAUUUAUGAUGUUCCUACUCUGGCCCUGAAUUCCUCUUCUGACCAUCAGCAGCAAGCCUACAAUAUUCUGGGAUCCGCUGCUGUGGCUGGAGAUGCAGAGGAUGAGGAUGUGUACAGUGUUCCCAGUCUUCCUGGUUUACCCAUGGAGGUGAGUGAGGGAUUAACUGCAGAAACCACUGGAAAUGGACGUAGCUAUUCGAUUUCCAGUCCAAGAAAGCAAGACUUAACCUCUGAGGAUGUGUCGGAACCUGACGGAGGCAUCUACGACAUGCCUGCCCUCACUCUGGAAAUCCCAACACGCCGUUUGUCUGUAUCAAGCACCGGCUCCGGAGACAUCCAGUGGAAGGCGUCUCUCUCUGCUCUCGUUCAAUCCGCUCUGACCUCCACCUCUCUCACCACCACCCCCUCCCGAGACCUCGCCACGGCGUUGGCUGAGAUCCUUUCCGUCUGGAAGGCUGGCCAUGUUGGUGAUGUUCCUCCAGUUCUCCAGCAGCUUUGGUCCCGUCUCUCUGACCUGCUUCCCGCCCUCUCUGUGUGCGGUACGGCCCCUCCAGCUGAUGGUCUGCUCACGAUGGUCCGCUGCGCUCUUGAAGACACCGCUUCCCUUUUACAGAGUCAAGCGCGACCUCGUCUACCUUCUCAGGAGUCUCUGUCCCGGAGACCUCUACCUGCUUUGCCGGUGGCGGAGGUCAAACCGAUCUCAGGGGACAUGGGGUCACGGAAGGGCAGCUGGAUCCAGGAACGACCACUGCCGCCUCCGCCACCUACAGCUUUCCCAUUGCCCUCAGCACCAGUUUCUUUAGCCCCUACUGUGGGAAGGAUGGAGGAUGAGGAACAAGGGAAUGAGUAUGCAGGAAUCGGUCUAACUCCUACUCCGCUGCCUUCAUACCCUGUAGGUGAUAGUGUGGGAUACGUCAAACUGCAGGGGAAGCCGGAGCCUCCACCAGACAUCCAUACAGAGCACAGUUCUUCACAGCUUAUCAACACAGCUGAUAAUAAAUUGACUCCUUCACCCCAAGUCUCUCUGACUCUGGAAGAUUCAGAGCUGCUCUCCUUCUAUUCCUCCCAAAGUCUUUCUCAUCUUUCUUGCCUGGCUGAUGCCAUCGACUCCCUGUUCACAAGUGUCCAAGGGAACCAACCACCCCGAGUCUUUGUUUCCAGGGGGAAAAGUCUCAUUGUGACUGCACACAAACUUGUCUUUAUUGGAGACACACUUGCAAGGCUUCUCAGCUCUUCAGACCUCAGAACAAAGGUCACCACCUCCAGUGGACGCCUCUGCCAAGCUCUAAAGGCCGUUGUCGUGGCAACCAAGGGUGCAGCCCAGAAUUAUCCUUCAGUCCCGGCUACGCAAGAAAUGGUGGACAGAGUAGCUGAUCUAUCCCAGCAUGCAGCUGGGUUCUCUGGGCUUUUGCAGCGAUUAGCCGAGAUAUCUUGAUGUUAUUUGUGCGGGAUUUAACUUUCAUUAUUUUUCACAGUGGAAUGCCUUAUUAUUUUUGUUAUUUUUAUAUAUAUAUAUUUCACAGUUGAUUGCGUUUGAGGUGGUAUCAAAAGCGUGUCACUGCUUGUAUCGGUUCAACAGUGAUAAAUGGUGAUCAGACAGUUUGUGAGUAUGUGUUGGAGUGUAUCUGCUUGCCUGUGGAGGUUUUUGACACUUUAGACUGGUGUUUCUUUUUUUUUCUUUUUGGUGCCAAGCACACUUAAAACGUUUUAAUAACUUAUUAAUGGAUGUUUUUGUUUGAAGAACCUCAGGCACAUUUUAAUAGCUUUAUUUUGUCCCCUUAACCAUAUUGAUAUCAAUGAGGUAAAAGUGAUUUUCGCUAUUUAAGGGUGCUCUUGUAAACUGGUUUAAUUAUUCAGUUUGUUUGUAAAUGUGAAGUGGCCUUGGUGUUAUAGAGAUUGAAGUGACUAAUUUGAAAGCCCAGGAGGUUUCAGUUGUCCUGCAAAUGUAACUAAAACAGAUUAAGUUAAACUAGUUUCCGAAGUUGAUCAAGGAGGAAUGCUUGAUUAUUUAAACAGACAUGAAGUGAGCGAUUCAAUGUUUAAUUUUUGGGAGAGAUAUUAGAUAGUGGUUUCCCACAAUGCGGAUUCAGAUAAACCUGUCUGUCAGGUCCACUCAACCUCUUUUUCACACUCUUUGUUUCCCUCACUGAUUUUUUUUCCUGUAAUUUUCACACUCCCACAGUCAGUUUCUGCUCAUGCUCACAAAGGCAGCUUAAGGGUGAAGCAGUUUGAGCAACAGCUCUUGCACAACUAAUAUUAUACAGGGUUUUUUGUUUUUUAAAUAUGCUAUGCAGCAUUUCUGAGCAAUAUUAUCCAUUCGCUUCCAGAGUGGCAGUCGAAAUGCUGGUGCUUACAAUAAUUCGUAUGUAAACAGGCUUAGUUCUAACGAGACUGAGCUUUGUGUAUUUUACUCAUUUAAGAGAGCUCACACAGGUUGAAACAUGCACCUGUUUCCCUCCUGUCUUGAAAAAUCAAGUCUGUGUCAUAAAUGUACACUCGUGUUUACAAGACGCCCUCAUAGUCUGUACCUCAGAGUCCAUUCCUCCAUCUGUUAAUUCCUCCACCUGCUCUCUCUCUCUGCUCCUUCCCCCAUCUCUGUCUGUAAAUGCCCACGUCUCAUCAUGUUGGGUAUAAUGCUAUCAGUGUUAUUCUUCCUGUUUAACUUUAGUUUAGGUUGACUGGUUUAUUUGGAUCAUUAUGACUUCUCAUAAUGACAUUAUGACAUUGAUCAACAUGCAAUAAAACUUGCAAUUUACUGAAUCAGCCAUAACAUGUCAUAGUUUAAAUCUCAAGUAGCCUUCUAUAUAUUUCUGCCUUUUUUUAAAAAGUGGCCUUUUUAGUUUUUACAUAUUUUGUCAGUCCUAUCACAAUGGAUGCAGUGGACUUGGUGUUAAAAUGUGUUGAAAAGUCCAAUUGGGUGGAGGAAGUUUUGAAGCGGUUUUAGAUUAUUUACCCUGGUGUUGGUGUGUUAGUUGACUCAAAGUGCCACCUGGUGGGCUUUAUCAGUAUUACUUUACAACCUACUUGGAUAAGUAAAAAAAAAGAAAAGAAAAUAAGAACCUCACCUCAACAGGUACUUCAAAAUAUGCUUUUAAACAUUCUCUGGUAGAUGGACAAAACUACAAAACUAACUUUUUCUUGUGAAGGAGCCCUUCUAUCCUUCUGUACAAAAUAUGUAUUAUAUAACAACUGCAAUUAUCAGUAGUCCUCAACAAGCAAGCUUUCCUCUGAAAAAGGCUCACAUAUCUUGUUUGUCUUAAGUUCUUAAAUUAAGUGCUUAUAGUAAUGCUUAGAUUUGAUGGCCUAUAUAGUUAUAUUUAUUUGGUUUUGUUAAUCAAAUGUCUGCAUGGCUUUAAGUUGCUUAUUAAAGAAAUAUAUGCACAUGUAACCAGGGAUGUUUUCACGCAACUUUGCAUUAAUAAUUCAAAGUUUGCUUUAAGAAUGUGAUAUUUCUUUAUUUGGUACCAGAAUGUAUUUUUUGACAUGCAUAUUUUGUGCUUCUUUACUCUAGGUUAAUGUUUUGACAUUAUGUUUGUAAGACACGCUCCACAGGUACUUUGCAUAGAGAGAGUCUUUGGUACUUGUCAAAUGGUGAGAUUCUUCAAAAUACAUUUUUGUUACUGAACACA